AUGGUGUUCAUCGACGCGAUCAAGCCGGCUGAUGCCGUGGCGCAGGAAGUUGCGACUGCCAACAAGGGCGACAUCGAGGGCAAGACUGGCAAGACUUACGGCACGUUUGAUGUGGUGUCGUACGGCACCCAGCUGGUGGCCGGCACCAACUACUUCCUCAAGAUCAACACUGGCGACGAGCACAUCCAUGCCCGCGUCUACAAGGACCUUGGCGGCGACUACUCGGUCCAUUCGGUCCAGGAGGGCAAGUCGGCCGACGAUGAGCUGGCGUACUUUUAA